AUGGCCCCCACACCCGCCGACCUGCGCAAAGCGAUCAACGAAGCUAUCCAAGCCGCCCGCGACGACUUGCGCAAAGUCUCCCUGUCUAUCCAUGAGAAGCCGGAACUCGCUUGGGACGAACACCAUGCGCACGACGUCCUGACCGAGUACAUGGAGCGCCAGAGCGGCUUUGUCGUCACCAAGCACGCCUACGACCUCCCGACAGCCUGGACCGCCGUCUUCACCUCCUCCGCCUCGAGCAAGGAGGGCGAAAAGGUGCCCGUCGUCGGUUUCAACAGCGAGAUGGACGCCUUGAAAGGUAUCGGCCAUGCAUGCGGACACAACCUCAUUGCCAUCGCAGGCUGCGCAGCCGCCAUCGGUGUCGCUCGCACACUCGAGCACUUCCAGCUUCCCGGCAAGGUCGUCCUCAUUGGCACGCCAGCGGAGGAACAAGGCGGAGGAAAGGCGGCCUUGCUCGACCGAGGAGCGUACGACGAGUUCGAAGCGUGCUUGAUGCUUCACCCCGGAACGAGCGGCGGAGGCAAGCACGGCGCAGGGAACAUGACCUCCGCUGCGUUGAUCGCGAUGGAGGUCACGUACAAUGGUGCGCCGGCUCAUGCGGGAGGGGCACCUGAGAAGGGGAGGAACGCACUCGAUGCGGCGGUGCUGGCGUACCAGGGUAUCAGCGUCUUGCGGCAGCAGCUUCCGAAGGACGCCAAGGUUCACGGCGUCUUCUCCGGCGAGGACAAGUGGUCGCCCAACGUCAUCCCGGACGAGGCCAAGCUCCUGUACGGAGUCCGCUCGACGACCCUCACCUCGCUCGCCGAAGUCGUCCCUCGCGUGCUCCGCUGCUUUGCAGGCGGCGCCCUCUCCUCCAACACCUCUUACUCGAUCAAGCGCGGCCAUCUCUAUCACGAAGUCCGCCCCGCGAAAGGCUUGUCGGACGCUUUCAAGGACUUUGUCGAGGCGGAGUAUGGCGACGACUACCGCUUCCUCGAGCGUGUGGAGACGGGCGCAUCGACCGACUUUGGCAACGUCUGCUUCAAGUGCCCUUCGCUGCACCCGAUGUUCUUCCUUCCCGACGCAACGCCCGAAGAACACCCUCACUCGGCUUCGUACACGAAGGCAGCAGCAGAAGAGUCCGCCCACGAAGCCGCCAUCCGCGCCGCCUCGGCUCUCUCCUACGCCGGCCUGCAAGUCCUCCUCGACCCCUCGCUCCGCAAGCGGAUGUGGGCAGAGUGGGAGGAGGACAUGAAAGUCGCGCAGGGGGACAAGGCGCUCGCUGUGCUUGACAAGGUCUUGCCUGCGUCGAAGGAGGGCGAGGGAGGGAAGCCAGGGAGCUUCUGCGCUUUUGACAAGUGUGCAUGCGGUCAUUAG